AUCGUCCUCUCUCCAAUUCCCCUGAUGUGGCAGAAAGAGUUUACACUUUCAAGACGUGGCAAGGGCUGUCAUCUCGUUACACAGGAAGUUAUAAGGGAGAUCCAGCCUGGUAUGAAGGAUGUUCAAAUCGGGAUGCUGUUUCUGUUUAUAAAACAUACGAGCGCAAGCUUGACUGUCAAUGAGAACUACGAUCCAGAUGUUCGCGCCGACAUGGACAUGGCACUGGACUCGAUAGUCCCUGAACAGACCCUUCCCUGGCGACACACAGACGAGGGCUUAGAUGACUCCGUCUCUCACACCAAGGCCAGCCUCAUCGGUUCCUCGAUCAGCCUUCCUAUCACUAAUGGACGCUUGAAUUUGGGGACGUGGCAAGGAAUCUAUCUUAACGAGUUCCGUCAUCUGCCUCACUCCCGCCAAGUUGUGGCAACAAUAAUGAGCUGA